GGCUCUGAGAACCCGGAAGUUACGUUAUAGGCACGCGUCCCGGGGGCGGGAGUCAGCUGAGCUGCUGGGGCGAGGUUGGGAUCUUCUCAAAUCGGCUAAAGGGAGCCAGUGAUCUUCUGGGGGGCGGGAGCGGGGUGCAGGACUGUUCCAGAUUCAAGGGGGAGGGUUCCCCACUCUUCUCACUUUAUAAGGCGGGAGCGAGAAAACCCUCAGGAUUUUAAAGAGGAGUGGGCGGCGGAUUGCCAACAUCUGUCAGAUUCUUGUCGAGGCUGGGGAGACGCAGUUUCCAAUCCAGGGCGACGGGGAUCCCUGGGGGGAGCCCUGUUGUAAUCCCUGGGCCCGGGACGGAGGGCCCAGAGGCCGGGCACCAUGGCGUCCAUCCUGGAUGAAUACGAGGACUCCCUGUCCCGCUCAGCCGUCUUGCAGCCUGGCUGCCCCAGCGUGGGCAUCCCCCACUCCGGGUUUGUGAAUGCCCAGCUAGAGAAGGAAGUGCCCAUCUUCACGAAGCAGCGCAUUGACUUUACCCCUUCUGAGCGAAUUACCAGUCUUGUCGUUUCCUGCAAUCAGCUCUGCAUGAGCCUGGGGAAGGAUACACUACUCCGGUAAGUGAGGGCCCAAAAGGCUUAGG